CCUCUCCCCGGCCCCGAAAGCGGUGGCCUGGAGUCCAUACUGCCGCUGCCUUUUCCUUUUUCGCCGCCUCCGUUGCCGCUUGAGAAGACGGACCGAGCCGGGAGUUCCGCCGCCACCGCCAGAUGGAUAUAUGUGGAGUUUGUCGGGUGGAAAUGAGAAUUAAAGCGUGUUAAUGAAUAAAGGGGUUGUAACUUUACAGUUGGCUUUAUGAUGGACAGAAUGACAGAAGAUGCCCUUCGCCUGAAUCUGCUAAAGCGAAGCCUGGACCAGGCAGAUGAACGUGAUGAUGUCCUGGCAAAGAGACUCAAGAUGGAAGGACAUGAGGCCAUGGAGCGAUUAAAAAUGUUAGCACUGCUUAAAAGGAAGGACCUGGCAGGCAUUGAGAUGCCCCAUGAGUUACCUACCAAACAGGAUGGUGGCGGCGGCGGCGGCAAGGGCUAUGAGGAGAAACUUAAUGGGAACCUGAGGCCACAUGGAGAUAACAGAACUGCUGGACGACCAGGCAAGGAGAACAUCAAUGAUGAGCCUGUGGACAUGAGUGCUAGGAGAAGCGAGCCAGACCGGGGACGGCUAACUCCCUCUCCUGACAUCAUUGUCCUUUCUGACAAUGAGGCCUCCAGUCCUCGUUCCAGUUCCCGCAUGGAAGAGAGACUGAAAGCAGCCAACUUGGAGAUGUUUAAGGGAAAAGGUAUUGAAGAGCGGCAGCAAUUUAUUAAGCAGCUGAGAGAUGAGCUACAUAUAGAAGAAGCCAGACUGGUACUGUUGAAGAAACUAAGGCAGAGUCAGCUACAGAAGGAGAAUGUGGUUCAGAAGACCCCAGUUGUGCAAAAUGCAGCAUCAAUUGUCCAGCCAUCUCCUGCCCAUGUAGGACAGCAGGGCCUGUCCAAGCUCCCUUCCAGGCCUGGUGCUCAGGGGGUGGAGCCCCAAAACCUGAGAACAUUGCAGGGUCACAGUGUCAUUCGCUCAGCCACCAACACAACCCUUCCACACAUGCUGAUGUCACAGCGAGUUAUUGCACCAAACCCUGCCCAACUGCAGGGCCAGCGAGGGCCACCCAAACCUGGCCUCGUAUGCACCACCACACCCAACAUGAACCCCGCCAUCAACUACCAGCCGCAGUCAAGUUCUUCUGUCCCUUGCCAGCGCACAACAUCCUCUGCCAUCUAUAUGAACCUUGCCUCUCACAUCCAGCCAGGGACUGUUAACAGAGUGUCUUCACCACUCCCCAGCCCCAGCGCCAUGACUGAUGCAGCCAAUUCACAGGCAGCAGCUAAGUUGGCCCUUCGUAAGCAGCUGGAAAAGACACUGCUGGAGAUCCCACCCCCUAAGCCGCCUGCCCCUCUGCUCCAUUUCCUGCCUAGUGCAGCCAACAGCGAGUUCAUCUACAUGGUGGGCUUGGAGGAGGUGGUACAGAGUGUCAUUGACAGCCAAGGCAAAGGUUGUGCCUCCCUUCUGCGGGUGGAGCCCUUUGUAUGUGCUCAGUGCCACACAGACUUAUUUACACCACACUGGAAGCAAGAGAAGAAUGGCAAGAUUCUGUGUGAGCAGUGCAUGACCUCCAACCAGAAGAAGGCCCUAAAGGCUGAGCAUACUAACAGGUUGAAGAAUGCCUUUGUCAAAGCCCUACAGCAGGAACAGGAAAUUGAACAGCGACUACAGCAGCAGGCGGCCCUCUCCCCUACUACAGCUCCAGCUGUGUCCAGUGUCAGUAAGCAAGAGACCAUCAUGAGACACCAUACGCUCCGGCAGGCUCCACAGCCCCAGAGCACUCUCCAGCGUGGCAUCCCCACAUCUGCCCGCUCCAUGCUUUCCAAUUUUGCACAGGCACCCCAGCUGUCUGUGGCAGGAGGUCUCCUUGGCAUGCCAGGUGUUAAUAUCGCUUACUUGAACACUGGCAUCGGGGGACACAAAGCACCCAGCCUGGCGGACCGACAGCGGGAGUACCUUUUAGACAUGAUCCCUCCCCGGUCUAUAUCGCAGUCCAUCAGUGGACAGAAAUAACGCCUAUUCCACCUGCCCUGCCCCAACCCUGAACCCUCUGUUCCCUCCCUCUCUCCCUUUGCCCCCAACUUCCAUCGCAUGCAGUGCCUGUACUGGUGCCUACCAUACACGGAAAACAAAACAAAACAAAAAAAAACAGAAGACAAAAAAAAAAAGAAACCAACAAGAAAACCCAUACUCAUGCCCCUCCCUGCCACCGCCCCUCUUUCCACACUGCAGCGAUCUGUUCCUCUACCACUCUCUUCUUCUUUCUUCAGUUUUCUAUGAUAGUGAGAGGUGGAUCAGCACCCCACUAGAGGUCAGAGUGAGGUCCCAGGGAGAAUCUGUGCCCUCUGACAUGUUUCUGAAGCUUGUUUUUAUGCU